CGUACGUUGACGUCAUAGGAAAAGCGUGCCAUUACAUUCCAAAGGUAAUUGUUGAAGUUGUUAUUAGCUAAUUUGGAUAGAGAAGUAUCAUUUUAGAGAGAACGAACUUAUUUUGUUUACAUUUUGUGAUGGAAGACAGUGAUACUAAUGAUUCUAAAACUUUAGAUCAAGAUGAAUUUGAAAGUAAUGGAAAUGCUGGCAUUGAAGGACCAGACUCACCUGGAUCAUUGUGCCCAGAAUAUGAACAGGAUGAAACCGACGAGGGACACCCAGGAGAAAGUGAUUUGAUUCACAAUACUCCAAUGACAACACAUAUAAAACAAGAAGUAAUGGACGAUGACCUUCAGUAUGAAACUACAGAAUAUGAUCCCAUGGAAGACAUGUCUCAUGAAGGUUUCCUCUCCCACGAAGAUCAGAAACUAAAAUUAGACUAUCGUCAUGAAGCCUUACUCUCAAAAUCUUCUAAAAGAAUAUCUCCAACAGCAAACAAUAAAACACGGAGAAGGCCAAGGAAAGAUAAACUUCUUGAUACAAACUCUGAAGAGAUGGACCCAGCUGAUACCAUCCGUGUGACCUGUGGCCACCUUACUGGCCUUCUUCAUAAAGAGUUAUUCUAUUGCCCAGGCAUCCACAGAGCCUGUGUAGAACUAGAUGAUGGCUCAGCCACAUUUGUUACACCAAAGAGAUUUAUGUUUAUGGGAGAAAAAGCUAGACUUAAAGAUUGGAAAAAUGCAAUCAGAUGGAAUGGCCAUCAGUUAAGGAAACACAUUGAGGCUGGAACUCUUGCUUUCUAUAAGCACGAAGAACUAUGUACAGGGAGAUGUAUGGCUAGAUCACCAUUUGCCACUAGAGACCCGGCUUAUAUGACAGAGCGUGCCAAAUUAAGGAGGGAAAAAUUUGAAUUUGAAACAUUAGGUUUCAGUAGUGAAACAGAUGGCUCUGGAUUUAGUGAUUUGACAGCAGACGCUAAAAAGUUAAAUUUUGUUACAACAGUCGAGGAGAAUGGCUGCAUGAAAAUCCAAAGUGUUUCCGGUGGUGAUGAGUCCAUGUGGAAUAGUAUAGAAAACAACGAGACUGAUGGUGAGCCUCAAGAUAUAAAACCUGAUGUCAAGCAAUUGCAGAUACAGAUGAUGAACUCCAUGCAAAACAAUAAGGUGGAACCUGUCCAUAUAGCUCCUAAACCCCAGGUGUCACAAAACAUGCCUACAACUCUGAGUCAAACUCAGGUCAGGCCCGCAUUGUAUACGUACAAACCUAGAGCUGAAUCUCAGAAGACUAUAGCUAGAACAGAAAUUCUGAAGACUUCCCUGCUACCUCCGUCUAUAAUGAAUGCUGUCAUGCCACCUGUGUCAGAAAACGAUAGUAAUGCAGAGGAGGACCGACAGCUAUGGCAGGGUAUAGUAGAACUAGGAUUGAUUGAUGAGUUUUUCAGGGAAAUUAAAGCUUCAUUAGAUCUCCUGAAAAAUACAAUGGUUAAAAGGCUGGUUCCACUGGAAGAUUCCAAUAGAAUAUCAAUCAUUGUAAGGCAGCUAGGGUUGAUGCAGAAAUUGAAGUUUAAACUAGAGGCCCACAGAACAGACAUGGAGAAACAGAGACGAAGACUGGACAGAGAAAUGAUAGAUUUGCAAAAGAAAGUGCAAGAGUACGAAAUUAAAAAGAAAGUGUUGGAGAAAAGAUCAGAAUGUUUUGAACAAAUUCUUGAAAUUCCUGCAAUGAAGAAUAAUUCAUCUACUUCACCAGCGGUGUUUGCAGCAAACCAAGGCCCGCCAAGAUUAUCUCCCAAUCAGAAAGGAACCUAUAUUUUAUCCUCAGCAAUGCAUGGUCAGAGACCAGGGGUUAUUGUUACCACAAGUUUGAAAGCGGUCACCACAAAUAGUGUUUCUCAGUCGCAAAUCUCACCUGGAACUUGCUCAUCUACAUCUAUAGGAAUGAAUGGGAGAGUUCAAACGGGACCUGGGGGAACAAAAAUCCUUGUGUUCCCAAAACAAAAUACCGAAUUCCAUUCAAAUCCCAAUGGUAGCCUGAAAAUCACUUUAAAGAGAAAGCAGGAUUUCUCAGAUGAUGAAACACCUACAGAGACGGAAAAUGAUUCCCAGCUCAAAUCAGCUUUAUUAUCGACAAAAGGUCUGAAAGCUGAAGAAGACAAACUUGAAUCAAAUGAUAAAAAAGAAUCUGUGAAUGAUUCUGAAAUCCAGACAGAAACUUCAAAUCAAGAUGAUCUCACAAGCAAGGAAAGUUCGGAGAAUUGUACAGAUAAAGAUUCAGUUCACGAAGAAAUAAAUCCUUCACAUGAUGAAUUGAAUUCCUCUCAUGAAGAAAUCUCUAAUGUUCAUCCUGGUGAUGGUGAUCAAACUUCCGAAGAAAAAUCAGAAAAUGCCAUUAAAAGAAGCAAGCGACGAAGAUCUGUUAAAACUUACAGUGAUGAUUAUAUUAAGUAGAAAUGUAUUUUGUUUACUUUGUCAAACUUUAAAAAUCACCUCCGUAAUGAAUUAUUAAAUAAUUUGAGAAAUGCUUUUGUACAAUAUUUUAGUCACUUCAUCUAAGAUUUUUUCAUACAACCCUGUAACAAUUGUAGCAAAGUGAGACAUUGGCUAACCUUUUUUUUAUUAAAGGUGUCAUCACAUCAAUUAUUAAAGUUUUUUUAGUUCCACUUUAGAAUGAAUGUUUAUAAUAAGCAUCCCUUCUUUUCACUUUGAGUAGAAUAUAGGACAAUAAGUUCUCUAUAAGGUAUACUGUUAGGAGUUUUCCCAAACUACUGGGUACCAGCAGAACUAUAUUUCCUCGUUUUAUCAUGUUUUUCCUGUUAUUUGUUAUAAGUGCAAUAUUGUUGUAUAGUACAUGCUAAACACCUCUUGAUCCUAAAGGGCAAUGUAGGCAUGCCAUAUAUUAAAAGUAUUUUUUUGCAGUGACAAUUAAUAAAUAUCCGUACUGCAUUUUUAUUGGAAAUCAUUUUACUAAAAUUUCUCCAUUGUCAUUCUGGAACUAAAAAGCACUUUUGAAGAUAGAAUUGAAAUCCUUAAUGUUUUGAAAUGGAUACAAAGAUAUUAUCUUCAAGCAAGUAUAAAAAAAAACACCAUUAAACAAUGCAGAGUUUAGUUUGCAAAGCAAUCAUGUAGCUUUAAAUGAAAUUAACUUAAGAUUUGAUCAUGCAGAAAACAAAGUACAUUUUAUUCUAAAUUUGAGGCAUUCAAAUUUUUUUGACUUCUUAUUAAAGACUUUUUUUCUUCUUUAGAAUUUGGACCUUUGAUAUUUUGUCUUUUUAUAAUAAGAUAAGUAUUACAAUUUAUUCAAAGGUUUUUGUAGGUAAUUUUGAAAAAUCACUGAAUGCAAAAUUCUAGUAAAAGGGAGAUAAUUCAAUAUAGCAUCUAACUUUAAUAUCUACAUACAGUUAGUUUUAAACCUAUAACACUGGUAAAUCACUUUACAAUAGUUCUUUAUAUGGGUAGAUAUAGAAUGUUACAUCGGGCAGACAAAAGAAAUGGUAUAAUAAAAAGUAUUGUUUAGAUUGAUUUGAUUUUUCAUAAUAAUCAUUUCUUAUCAGAUGUAUACCAUUAAUUUUCUAUUUGUAUAAUUUUAAAAUCCUUUUAUGUUGAUGCUUGAAAAUGAAGAUGACAUGACACUUAUAUGUUGAAGUUAAAGCAUAUCUACUUGUUUUGUUAUUUUAUACCCUAAUUCAAGUAUUUCAUGUAUUUGUAUCUUUAAUAAAAGCUAAUAUAGCAGUGGAAAAUUUAGGGUUUUUCUGUUAACCAGAAUACAUUUUCGUAUGAAUAUUUCAUUAAAACAACAUUUUUUCAUAUUGAGUUUUCAUUUUGCUUAUUGUUAUUUUUCAAAAACGUUUUCUCCAAGUUAUUGAAUUUCUAUGAUUUCUGCAAGCAACAAUAUACAAUUUUAAUAAGAAUCAUUCAUUAAAACAACAUUUUUCAUAUUGAGUUUUUCUUUUUGCUUAUAAAAUGUUAUUUGUUGAAAACUUUUUUUCUCAAAGUUAUUGAAUUUCUGUGAAAUUCAUAUCAUGUUUAUAUAUCCUUACAGUGCUUUGUUAUGUGUAUAUUUUUUUAUAAGAUUUUGAAUUUUUUGCAAUGUACAAUGUUGUUUAAUUUAGAUUUAAAUUGUUUUCCCCAUGUUGAUCAUGUGAAUAUUAAAAAUGUCUGUACUUGUUAACAUUAAUGAUCGAAUAAAUUAUCAGUAAUGUUUGAAAUUAAAAAUGAUUUUUUUCUAAUAAGAAAUCCAGUUUUUUCCUGUUUUAAGAAUUCUAUUUAUUACAUUUAUUUGGUAUUGAAACAUCCUUAACUUUUAUAGUAGUUCCUUAAAUGGCAAAUGUCAUUUUGUAUCUAUUAAACUAGGGACAAUUAUUGAGUAGGAGAAUAAAUAAAUAUAUUUUAAAGAGGUUUCUAUGAUUUUUGUUUAUUACUUUGACAACAAUUAUGAAAUCACUAUUGAUGUUUUCAGAAUGUUAUUUUUUGCUUCAAAAUGCUGGUUAUUACCGUGGAUUAUUUGUUUGUGGAUACCAACUUUUGAGGAUUGAGGAAAAUCAUAUUUUGCGAAUAUGUUAUUUCAAGGUUUUAUCCAAUUCUUAAUACAAGCUGAUAGAAAAUUUGUAUUCAGUGAAUAUGUAAAUUUACAAUUCACCUCGAUAAACAAAAUUCACAAAAACUAGUACCUGGAAACUAAUAAUUGAUUCACAGUUUUGUUGAUAAUAUUAAGUAAAGUUGUUAUUACAUGUUGAAUAACUCCUAUUAUAUAAAAUGUUAUUGUGUUGGCCACACCUUACUGAUCUAUGACUCUUUAGAGUUUCCUGCACAGAGCCUGGAAACUCCUACCUCUGUUUCUAUCUUUUCAAAUUUGCUAUCUUUCCCAAAACCUAAAUCUUUUUAAUGACAAACCAAUUUUGAAUUGAAUUGUAUUUAAAAUUUUAUCUGAUUUUAUAAUACUAAUGAAAAAUAAUAUAGCUUUAUAUAAAUAGGUCAAAAUGAUUUUUUAUAGUAUAAAAGAAAAGGUUAGAAAAUCAAAAGAACUAUAAUCUAAAUUUCAUCUUUAUGUUUUAUGUAUCCCUAUUUUAAAACUUACAUCUUGAAUAAUUACAAUGAAUUUAAAAGAAUGAAGAAUGACUUUUACGUCUUGAAAAAUUAUAAUGAAUUUAAAAGAAUGAAGAAUGACUCUUGUGUGGCUUCAAGUAUAUAUAUAUAUUAUAAUGUUUGUAGUUGUGGUUACAUAUAAUUC